CCCCGAGAUCCAUCCUGUCCCCGCCAAACGCUGAACGAUCAGCCCAGUCAACAAGGAUUCCCGCCCCUUGUCCGCAGGCCCCAACCGCCUAAGGUUACACAGAGGUAACACUAAUGACCGCCACAUCCCUCACCUCUUGUUCCAACGCAAACAACAAGAGGGCAAUUUCCAGAAAAUUCAGCCGGAAGGAUAGACAUGCGAUUGGAGGGAGACGUGCAGCGAUUUCCGGCCGUCCACUGCAGGUUGGCGACACCAUCAGGGGAAGAUUGAAGUCGAGUCCGUCAUGGUCGCCGGCGUAUUUGCUUGCAGCUCUGGAAUGGGCGGAAGAUGGAGAGAAUAAGGAGCCCGCAGAGCCCAGCAAGGCCGAUGCGCAUGUUGCGCUGCCGCAACUGGCGCGCAAGACGGCGGCUUCGACCCUGGGGCGCAAACGGGUGGUCGAUGACGUGAAGGGGAUCACACGGCGCUUUGCAGGGCCAACGGUACCUUGCAUGGAUUUAUUACCCGAGAACCUGGUUCCUCCAUCCAACCGAAACUUGAACCCUGCAUAUUUUCUACCAGCUCCCUCCUGCAUCUCGCUCAGCGCGGCAGUCAAACCUGCGCUCUCGUCACCUACAACAACCACUGGGCCGAUCGUUCCUGGCCCACGGUCUCGAUCCCGACAGCAGCAGCAGCAGCAGCAGCAGCGACGACAGCAGCAGAGCAAAGAAGCAGUAGGAAGGCGGCGUGGGUCCGAGCAGGAGUCGGCCGCGGUCCCGACCAGCGGCGCGGCACAGCAGGCUGCCGAAACCGACAGGAUUGUUCUGGCCCCAGCGCGCAAGGAAGAGGGGAGCGAAGGCAGGCAGAACGAGUAUCAGUCGGUGCAGUCAUCCGGGAUGGUGCCCCCCUCAACCAGAUCGCCCAGCCCACCACGCCAGCUACAGAGCCCCGUGCGUGAGGCGUUCGGCGGCUUCUUCUCUCGAGCGCGCAAGAAGAGCAACAGCAGCAGCGACUCGCCCCGUUCAACUCUCACGAAACGCUCUCGCACACUACCAAUUUCUUCAACCUCGACUUCGUCAAGUGACCCUUAUGCCACUGAAUCCCGAUCGCCGCAGUCUGUUGGCGUCAACCCUGACGCGGAGAUGCCGCGCAGCCUGACUGAGGCGCAUGAUCCCCAAGCCAAGUCUGUUGGCGUGCGAUGUCGAGGCGUCACGGUGCCAGUGGAAUUCACCAAGGAGACCACCACAGACGAUCUUCUGAUGGCCUGCUCUCAGACGUUGAAUAAGCUUAGACGGCCGAUCGACUCUGAAGCCUGCGUCGUCAUCGAGGCAUGUGCUCGGCCGGGUCUCGAGAGGAGGCUCCGGCGUUAUGAGUUGGUUUGGCAUGUGAUUAACUCCUGGGAUGAAGACUCGCCAAACGCCCUAGUCGUGCUACCUGACUCCUCGGAUCCCGAUGGGAACUUGAGUUUGUCUAGUGUUCCGAAGACACUUGAGGAGCCGGCCGGCUUCGUCCUUCCCCUCUACCACUACCAACACCAGGGGAGAUGGAGCCAGCGUUACAUCACCUUGAGGGAAAACGGGCAGAUAUUCGCCUCCAAAAAGCGAGACGCGAAGCCAUCCGACAAGGAUGUUGUCAGGCUAUGCCACCUUUCCGACUUUGAUCUCUACAUGCCGACCGAAACCGAGAUGAAGAAGCGGCUGAAGCCCCCUAGAAGGUACUGUUAUGCCGUCAGAAGCCAAGAGAGGGCCUCUCUGUUUGUGGAUUCAGACCAUUACGUGCAGUUUUUCUGCACCGACGACCCAAACGUAGCGCGGAAGUUUCGCUCAUGUGUGCAGGGUUGGCGGAGCUGGUAUCUGGUGAACAAGAAGCUGAGGCUGUACGAGCCAGAGGAACCCGCCCUAACGUCUCCGACCACCUCCCCCACCGACCGCUCAGGGGCCGAUUACAGUAUGAGGGGCAGGGUUUCGAUGGACCACGGUCCCAGGGGAAGACGAUCAGUCGAUCAGCCUGCUUCAGCUCGGCCGCUUCCAUCCUCCUGCCAGGACAUAUCGCCCACGACGCCCGGGCAUCCGGCGAUUCCCUUGAUGGCGCCCUUGACAACAUCCCUGGUGGACAAGAACGCUGCGGUGUUCGCAGCCAACGGCCUACUCGGUAACGGCUACGACGAGCGUAGGCAGCAGGCCGCGCGCAAAGAAGCCGUCGCAAACCAGCAGCGAGGGAGGGCUAUGUCAUUAGCAGGCGACACCCCGUUCGUUGACGGGCCCAGCCUCCUGAAUAGUCGCGCGGCGGCGGCUCCCACUUCCGAUAGUCGCCCGCCAACCUCCGGGUCAGACACGUGCCGCCAAAUACCAUUAGCGAGACCGAGCAGUCCCGACCGAGCAGGCUGGUUUCCCUCAGCGGUCCAACAAUCGGCCGAACAACGAAGCGGCGGUCGGACUGGUCCGCUGACACGACGACCAAGCACUUCUUCGGGCACCCCAUCCCGCGCCCGCUCUGUCCGUAACCUUGAACAGCACCACCGCCAACCCUUAGCACAGCAGCACUACCCACCCAUAACCCGCCAGACCCAACAACAACAACAACAACAACAACAACAACAACAACAACAACAACAACAACAACAACAACAACAACAACAAUCCCGCAGGACAGGCGCCGCACCACCACAGCAACCACUGAUCGACCUCACACCAACCUUCGUCGAACCUCCGCAAUGGUCCCGCGAGAAGCGCGGCCACGGCGUUCGCGCUCCGCAGGGCAAACCCCUCGUCGAUCUCGCCACAGGGCCUGCCAUGCCGCCCAGCACAGCAGCCCGCUUCGCCGCGAAUGCCGCCGCGCCACCCAAGAACCUCGUGCGACGCCCUGAACCAGGCCCGGGUCCUUGUACAGGUGCUACAGGCACAGGCACGACGCUGCUACAACAGUAUGACGAACAGCAGCAAAGGACGGCGGCUAGGGGGCGGGGCAACACCGUAACCGAAGUAUCGUCGGGAAUGGGAAUGGGGUUGGGGCAGGGGCUAUGGAGGAGGAAUACGGUUAAGAGCAAUGCUAGUGCCGGUGCGAUGAAUGGGAACCUCCCGCCGCCGCCUGUGCCAGCGUCGACGGUUGUUGGAUAUAUGCGUGGUCGCGGGCCGGCGACGGGGGUUCCGGAGGGAGGGCAGAGGGAAAGGGCUAGGAGCCGGUACCGAAGUGUUGAAGGACGGGCACGGGUGCCUUCGGGGGGACAGGGGCAGAUGGAAUUGCCUUUGCGGAGUGGAAGGGCGUAGUACCGAUCAUACUCCUUUUUUCGUGUUUUCUUUUCCCUUUUUUUUCCCUCCUUCCUACCUUUUCCUUUUUUUCUUCCGUUUCCUUUUCCUGUUCCCCUUUCCUUCUGCUACCCCUAUUUUUCUUUUCUUUGUCUCACGCUCUUUCUCGCCGCGGAUAUUCAUUUGACUGCUUGCUUCUCGUUUCCUUGAUGUGUUCGCUUCUGUUGCCCGGCCUGUGGCUAGCUAUUCAGCCUUGUUUUGUAUUGUUUGACGAGAUGCGCGGAAUGAGAACGAGUUUAUGUAUGAUGAACGGCGUCAAAGGGAAGGUCGGAAUGGAAGUACACGAGAGGCUCGGGGAAAAGACCUGGCGUCAGUGUUUCUUGGUUAUUUUUAGCUUUCGAAUUCCGUUGUCGAAUACAAAAUAGGCAACGUUUACUUUUUGGAAGUUU